AUGAUGAGUGGAAAGGAGGAGAAAUCGCUGGAGAAGGCGGGAUUGGAAGAAGAGGCGUCCGGAUUAGGCGCAGAUCUGUCCAGACCUUCACCUCCGUCGGCGAGGAGCAGCUCUUCGCAUCAACAGCCAGAUCCGAGAGCGAUUCUGAAGGUUGCCGGGAUAAUUAGUAUUGCUCUCCCCGUGUUCGUUACUGGGUCCGUGGAGGCUCGGCGUUUGAUUAGGGCCGCAGCCUUGGCCCCGCACCCAGCCGAGGUGUUUGAUGAUGGGGGAAGAAGUGUGUGCUGCAGGGGGGUGGAGGUUCAACAUCAAACAGCCCAGAGCAAGAGGACCGCAGCCCUGAGGGAGCCCCCCGAGCGCAAGCAUCCAAAAGCUCACGUCUUCCUCCCCGCGUGCUGCCGAACGUCGCGGAGGAUAAGACCUUCUAUCUCAGGUCUUAUCCUCCGCGACGUCCUCUGUCCGCGAUGGGUGCAGAGACCACAUCUGCCCAUCACUCCCCUCCCCCUCCUUCGACACUUUUACUGGCCUUAA